AUGUCCCUGAGGGAGCGUGAUGUCCUCUAUCGGCUUAUAAUAAGCCAACUUUUUCAUGAUGGUUACCAGGCGAUUGCAAUUAAUCUUAUGAAUGAAGUAACCCCAUCUGUUUCCUGCGGUCCAUCAGCUCGACUCCUCAAACUAGUAAAGCUUGGUCUCUCUAUUGCAGAUGAUGAACAAGACCGGUCAGUUGCUCUCGAGGGUGACAAUAUUCCCCCAGGCACUGGCAUUGAUUUGGAAAUUGAGAGUGAAAGUUCUACUAUGGCUCCCGAAGCUGCGCUAUAUGAAACCUGCUAUGUCACUGCGCACAAGGCAGCCUGCAGAGCGGCUGCCUUUAAUAGCACAGGUGCAUUGGCUUUUAGUAAAGCUUUUAUUGUCGGCAUGUUCCGCUACAUUUUCUCUUUAUCAUCAAUAGGUCAACUUAUUGCCACCGGUUCUCAUGAUUCCUCGAUUAAGAUUUUGGAUGUUGAAAGAAUGUUGGCAAAAGGCAAUUCUGGACCAGAACAUUCGGCUCAGGAAACGCCACAGCAACAGAUGGAGGCUCAUCCGGUCAUUCGAACUCUCUACGACCACACUGCGGAAGUCACUUGCGUGGAUUUCCACCCAGACGCGUCGCAGCAGAUUUUGGUGAGUGGAAGCAAGGACUACACAAUCAAGUUCUUCGACUUCUCAAAUCCCUCCGUAAAGAAAGCGCAACGCAGCAUUCCGGAGGCCUCACCCAUCAAAACUCUUCACUUCCAUCCCUCUGGUAACUACCUUCUCGUGGGCACACAUCACAAGACUUUGCGUAUUUACAGUGUAAACACUUGUCAGUGCUUCGUAUCAGCGGUUCCGGAGGAUCAGCACAACGGGGCCGUGACAAUGGCAAGAUGGGCGCCUAAUGCGAAUUACUUUGUUACUUCGUCAGUCGAUGGAAGCUUUAAGAUUUGGGACGGUGUCUCAGGGCGUUGUGUCUCUACUUUCGAGGCUGCACAUGAUGGUCUGCCUGUUUGUUCGGCAGUUUUCUCCCGUAAUUCGAAGAUCUUUAUUUGA